AAAGAUAAUUGCAUGUCAGGAAAAUGGGAAAGCCAGUGCGAGACUAGAUAUAUAUAUCAUUCUGAUAAUAUCUAUUAUAUAGUUGUCAUCCUUUGCAUCUUGACUUUGAAACAAUAGUUCAAGAGUGCAGGUCAGCGGUCGAUCGCUGACCCAUAGGUGUGACCUAUAUUCAAUUGAGGGACUUUGGUCGAAUUCCGGAGUGCUACCUGGCAAACAGGUAGUAAAGUAUACUUUAGUAACGUUGUCUGAUAGAGGCUUAGACAUUGUUAGCAUUAAAACUUCUGCAAAAAAAUAAAUAUAAAAGUUGAACAACAUGGGAAGAUUAGAUGGGAAGACAGUAGUUUUAACAGCAGCAGCUCAAGGUAUUGGUAGAGCAUCAGCUGAGGCUUUUGCAAGAGAAGGUGCCAGGGUUAUUGCUACUGACAUUAAUGUAGAAAAAUUAAAAGAAUUAGAUUCCAUUAAAGGAAUUGAAACUUAUAAACUAGAUGUAACUAAUAUGGCUGAAAUAGAAUCACUAGCUACAAAGAUAGAUAUUGUAGACGUGUUAUUUAACUGUGCAGGAUAUGUACACAAUGGCACUUUAUUAGAAACAGAUGAAAAAGGUUGGGAUAUGUCAUUUGAUAUUAAUGUCAAGAGUAUGUAUAGAAUGUGUAAAGCCUUUAUACCUAAAAUGAUAUCAAGAGGAGAACCAGCUUGUAUUAUAAAUAUGUCUUCUGUUGCUUCUAGUAUCAAAGGUGUUCCUAAUCGUUGUGUGUACAGUACAACAAAAGCUGCUGUGAUUGGUCUAACUAAAUCUAUAGCUGCUGAUUAUUGUGAGAAGAAAAUCCGUUGUAACUGUGUCUGUCCUGGCACUGUUGAUACACCAUCACUAACUGGUAGAAUUAAUGCCUUAGAGGAUCCAGAAAAGUCGUUGAAGGACUUCGUAGCUAGACAGAAAAUGGGGAGAUUUGCUUCCGCAGAUGAAAUAGCAAGUUUGGUAUUAUAUCUAGCUUCAGAUGAGUCUGUUUAUGUAACUGGACAACCAUUUAUCAUAGAUGGAGGAUGGAGUCUUUAAAUAUGGUACAAACUAUCAUUGCUAGUCCCAAUUAUAUGCAUAUUUAUUUACAGAAUGACAUUGUUAGUUGUAAAUUGCACUUGUAUUGUCCUGAAUGAACAAAAAAUUAUGAAUUGAAAGUAGUCAAUUUAAAAUUAUAAUAAGUAUAUACAUUAAAUAUAAAAUCAUACAUUGUUAAAGAAAAUAAAUGGUAUAAUUAAUUUUA